AAGGCUAUAACAGGAAGUUGCUGCUUUUAUUUCGUAGUCUUCGCGGUUGUACCUUUAUAUACGGUCUAUGGUUGUACCCAUAGACUGUAUGGUUGUACCAUAGACUGUAUAUAAGGUUGUACCGGGUUGUAGUUGUCAGAUCACCACCUGAUCACUGAUCUGAGUCCAGUCGCUUGAUGGGACGACAGAGGACAGUGAGCUGGCAGGACUUCAUCAUGUUUGCAGGUUGUCAGGGAACUGGUCUGUGGUCGGUGUUUCCUGUUUAGUCGGGACAUGCUGUAAACCCCGCGGGACGUCACUUGUUAUAAACACACGCAGGAGAAUGGACGAUCAGCCACAGCCUCCUCUGUUCACCUUCGGUGUGAUCGCUGACAUCCAGUACGCGGACAUCGACGACGGCUACAACUUCACCCGGUCGAGGAGACGCUACUACCGCAGCAGCCUCCAGCUGCUGAGGAACGCCCAGCAGGGCUGGUCGGACGCGGCCGUGGCGCCGCUGUUCGUCCUCCAGCUCGGGGACAUCAUCGACGGCUUCAACAAGGGCCGCGGCGCCUCCGACCGAGCGCUGGACACGGUGCUGAGGGCGUUCGGCCCCGGCCCCGUGGAGGUGCACCAUGUGUGGGGCAACCACGAGUUUUAUAACUUCAGGAGGAGGGCGCUGCUGAGCUCCAGGCUCAACACGAGUCCCCCCCGCACUGACACCGAGCCUGCGGGCAGCCUGAGCGCGGAUCAGGCUGCUCCCGAUAUCUACGCCUACAGAUUCAGCCCGUUCCCCGGCUUCACCUUCGUUGUGCUGGACGCCUACGAUGUGAGCCUGCUGGGCAGAGAGGAGUCCAGUGAAGAGUACAGGGCAGCUCUGGAUGUGAUCAGACAGCACAACAGCAACGAGGACCUCAACUGCCCCCCAGUUUCAGGGUUAGAGGGCCUAGAGAGCAGAUUUACCAUGUUCAACGGUGGGUUCAGUAAGGACCAGCUGGACUGGCUAGAGUAUGUGCUGUCGUCGGCCGAUGAGAAGAAAGAGAGAGUCACCAUUGUCAGUCACCUACCUGUCCACCCCCACUCCACAGAUCCCAUCUGCCUUGCGUGGAACUUCGAUGAGCUCCUGGCCAUCAUCAAGUCCCACAGCAGCGUGGUGUGUUUCAUGGCAGGCCACGACCACGACGGCGGAUACUGCCAAGACAAAGAUACUGGCGUGCACCACCUGACGUUGGAGGGGGUGAUUGAGACUCCGCCUGACAGCGACGCCUUUGGCACGGUCUCCGUGUACGAGGACAGGAUGGUGCUGAAAGGGAACGGAAGGAUCGCAGAUCGAGUAUUUCUGUUUUAAUCUCACAGCAGAGGCCUUUGACUUUAAGUUUUAUGACUUUACACCCUUGUAGUUUUAUUUAAAGGCCAAGGUGGUGAAGUAUGGACAAUUACUGUAUCACAAAACAGUCACUCUGCUGUGUUUUCUAGACAAAUGCUGUCAUAUCCACUUACCUGAUCAGAACAGAUCAACAACUGCAGUACCUCAAAUAUUUUAUUAAACUUAU